AUGAGUAUCAAUUGGGGAAUCUUAGGAGCUGGAAAUAUUUCCGGACAGUUUGUUCAUGAUUUAUUAUUAAGCAACACCGAGUCAAGUUUUAAGCACAUAGUCAAAUCAAUUGGAUGUUCAAGUGAAACCAAAGGUCAAUCGUUCAUUGAAGAUUGUAAAUUGACUGACGAAAAUAACGUGGGGGUGAAACCAUCAAUUGAAAAAUAUGAUGAUUUCUAUAAAAAUGCCGAUAUUAACAUCGUCUACGUUGGAACGCCUCACGUAUUUCAUUACGAACAAGUCAAAAAUUGUUUGAAUAACGGUAAGAAUGUUUUAUGUGAAAAACCCUUCACUAUCAAUGCCAAAGAAGCAAAAGAGUUAUUUGCUUUGGCUAAAGAGAAAGAUUUGAUCUUAAUGGAAGCUGUUUGGAGUAGAUUCUUACCUAUAAUGAAUCAAUUGAAGGCCAAAUUGAAGGAUAUUGGGGAUGUUCGUAGAUUAUUUGUGGACUUUGGUUAUGACGCUGAUUUAGAUAAUUGUGAAGCAUCCUCAAGAAUCAGAAAUAAUGCAUUAGGUGGUGGUGCUUUAUUGGAUAUUGGAAUUUAUCCUAUUACCUAUUCCAGAUUCUUGUUGGAUGAUAAAUUAGGUAAAGACCAUAGUCACUUCACUUAUGAAUCAAUGAUGACAGUUGAUGAAACUGAUAAAGUUGAUUACAACACUUCUGUAGUUUUCCAAUAUGGUAAAAUCCAUGCUAUCUGUACAUGUUCAAAUUAUGUUGAUAAUAUUUCACCUUUCGGUAGAGUUGAAGGUUCCAAAGGGAAGAUUGAAUUGUUCGCUGAUAAUCCAGCAAGAUUAAGGGCUUUCAAAAUAACUUAUAAUGAUGGUAAAACUGAAGAGAUCAAAGAUGAUUCUCCAUAUUUAGGAUUUAUCUAUGAGGCUAAUGGCAUCGCCAAAGACAUCGAAAACCACGAAGAAAGCAAAGUUAUGCCAGCAGAUGAGACGUUAUUGGUUAUGGAUAUUAUGGAUAAAAUCAGAGCCAAACAUGGUUUAAAAUAUCCCACUGAUUAA